AUGCAGCCGGUGCCGCCUUAACGCUCCCCACGCCGAUGCCAGUUCCCCGCGGGUCGUCGAUGCGUGAGAGUGGAAGUGACCGGUGCGAACGAGGAACUCGGGGGUUUGGUGUGGGAAGAAUAGUGCGGAUUGACGUUCGAAGCACAUUUCAAAACUUGCUCCUUUCCUGCGCAGGUCGAGGAGAGGCUGUGCUCUCAAAUAUAACGGGAGGACGAUAUCGCGUAUUUAUUUAUUUAUUGAUUCGUGAAACAUUCCGGGCAAACCCACACCGCAUCGCAUCGCAUCUCACCGCACAUCGCGCGUUUACCGUGUGACAGAUUCUCUACACCGGCUUACGCAUGAAUGGCCUACAUCUAACCGGCGCGAACUAGUCAUAAAUUCCUAACUAGUCAAGAAUUUUAACGUCGAAAACGUGUCGGCGUGUAAGAGCGACUCCAACAUUUUCCGGAGUUCCGUAUACAUUCGACGAUAAACAAACGGAAGAGGGCGACGAAGAGGAUAACCGAAAAUAAUUGACUUUCGAGAAAUAAUAUACUACAAAAUCAUCCGCACAUUGGUAAACCAGAAGGACGCGGGCCAAGACGAACAGCCCUGGACUUGAUUGAGGAGGAUACGCACUCGGAAGAGAAGGAAAGAUGAACAAAAUGGACUACAUGGAGGUUACGCUGCCCAAUUACUCCUACGUGUUCAACUUCGAGGAGGAAUUCAUUCACCAAGACACCAGGGUCUGGAUGAUGAACAAUUGGACGAAUUGCUUCUACUAUUGCGGCAUUUACAUGAUCCUCAUUUUUGGCGGUCAGCACUUUAUGGCCAGUCGGCCCAAGUACGAACUCAGGGGCGUACUCAGCCUUUGGAAUACUUUACUCGCCUCCUUUUCGAUCAUUGGAUUCACGAGAACCGCCCCCGAACUUAUCCACGUGCUCAGGAAUUACGGGCUUUAUCACAGCGUCUGUAUACCGAGCUUCAUCGAGCAAGACCGAGUCUCCGGAUUCUGGACCUGGAUGUUCGUCUUGUCGAAGCUGCCGGAGCUCGGCGACACGGUCUUCAUAGUUCUCCGCAAGCAGCCGCUGAUAUUCCUCCACUGGUACCACCACAUAACCGUCCUCCUCUACUCGUGGUUCUCCUACACCGAGUACACGGCGUCAGCUAGAUGGUUCGUCGUGAUGAACUACUGCGUCCACUCGAUAAUGUACUCGUACUACGCGCUGAGGGCGAUGCGAUACUCGCCACCGAAAUGGAUAUCGAUGGUGAUCACCGCCCUCCAGCUGACGCAGAUGAUCGUCGGAUGCGCGAUCAACGUCUGGGCUCAUCAAUACCUCGAGAGCGGGCAGGCCGAGUGUCACAUAUCGAGGGUCAACAUCAAGCUCAGUCUUAUGAUGUACUUCAGCUACUUCGUACUCUUCGCGAGAUUCUUCCACAAGGCCUACCUCGGCGGCAAGAGCUCGUCGAAAUCCGGAAAGAAGGCUUACGCCAACGGGAACGGUCACAUCGCUGCGGCGGAUUACAGCAACGAGAAGCUCAAAGCUAACUAAGGAAGAUACUCUUUAAAAUUGUUGAUUUUCCCAGGUUUGUUGCCGGUGGGAACGGAACGGGAGGGUUGGGCGGGAAGGGGUGGUGAGGGUCGGAUUGAUGAUCGGCUAUUCUUCGUGAGACCCGUUGUGCGGAGAGCUUCCGGAAAGAGAAAGAGAGAGAGAGAGAGAGAGAGAGCGUGAGAGUGUGAGAGUGAGGGAGAGAGCGUGAGAGUGAGAGUGAGAGGGCGAGAGAGGUGAGAGAACGAGAGAAAGAGAGAGAGAGAGAGAAUGUGAACGAGAAUGUGUCGUACGCAAAUUUGAACGAAAAAAAAAUUUUGUUUUCACAUUUGCGUGGGAGUUAUACGCGCAUAUACUGUAUACAGCGUUGUUUUGGGGUGAGUUAAUUUUCACCUUUUAUUUAUAAUUUUUUUUGGGAUAAAUAAAUUGUCAAUUCAGAGCUACGUGAUACGUGAUACAUAUUUUUUUACCCUCUUGUUUAUGUCCUCUAUAUGUAUAUUUUUUCAAAACUACACGUCAAGGUCGGCUAUUGAUUUAUUUGUCAUUUUUAUUAAUCACUCUUUCUGAACUAAGUGCCAUAAUUAUUUUUUCUGUCGUCUUUUUCACAUGUUUGUUUGUCACCUAUAUUUUUGAUACAUCAUGCUCGUCAUUUAACACCGAUCUAAAAUAUUUUCAUACCAGCCUUGGUAAUCGGAAAUAUACUGGGAAUUUUCAAACCCAGGUUAUAAAAAUAUCAAAGUUACGUUCGGUAAACAAAACGUUGAUUGCAGCAUAUAAUUUUAAAUAACAAUUGUGCGUUUGUUGCAUACGAAACAAUGUCCUCGAUUAAUUCCAUGCGGCAUUUAACAUGCACUAUACUUCACUGAUAUGAGAAUAUGCAUAUCUGUAUGCAAAAACAGUAUCCGAGCAAUUAUUUUCUUGUACGUGAUAUGUAUCGAAGCAGGUUUUGGUUAAAAUUGCAUUUUUUAUCACCGACAAAAGGUAGCUAGGGAAUGAUAAUGUUUGCGAAAACUCUCACAGACGGUAAAUUUUUAAGAGCGAAAGUAUUCAAUAAACCGUUGCGUUAUCAUACCUUCGAGUCUUAUUUGACAUCAUAAGUCUCAGGAGGAUAGUUCGGUAGUCGGAAUGGAAUGCGAAAGUCGAAACUAUAAACCCAGUCACGCAUUAUUUUCGGAUUAUCUCGAAGACUGUUAACUCCGGAGUUUUAGUGAAUUAACGUUUUUAAAAUAUGCAUGAAAAAAUAAUGUCGGAAUCCUUGUAGACUGAAAGACAUGCGAAUGGGAAAUUCGUGGAUUUUGUAAGGUCAUUUAUGAUGCACGAUGGUUUUUUUUUUUUUUUUUUUUUUUAUAUAUACUUAUGGGGGAGUGAGAGCGAAAAAACUAUGUCACUCGCAUCACGUAGCUAUUCCCUCGAUGAUACCGUCGAUAAUUUCUUAAUUUCUCUCGCGUUUUAAUCAUCAACGAACACAUCAAAAUGAACAAACUUCGCGUACCGAAGAUUUAACGAUACCAUUUCUUUUUGGUUGAAUGAAAAACAAUGAUAAUAUUAAAGCUAAUGAUAAUUUUUUUUCUUAUUUUCAUACUACUUUUUGUAAAAUCUUAUCAAUAUUGUGAGGAUUUCUCUCUCUAUAUAUAUAUGUAUGUUUGUCAGCCUUUCCGCAAUGUUUUCGAGAAAUUCCGACGGACGAGACGGAAUAUUUUUAGUUUGAAACUCGUUAUACGUUUUGCCGGUUUUUGGUGAUUCGCGUUUUCUGUACUGUAAACGGUAUAUUUAUUAUUAAAACACGCUGCAUACGCGAGCAAAUAACAGAUAACCAUUUUUACAAAUUACGUGGACCUGUUCCGGAUUGCGAGCGCAAUCUCACGAAGACACGAUCUUAUAUAAUAUAUAUAGUAUAAUAUAAUAUGCAUAGUAAUAUUGUACCGCCCCAAAAAAACAGUCCAGAACGUUGUUGUUGCCGUAGCUACUUAAGGUACCUAAAGUAAAUUGCGCGUGACGUCAUAACGAGAGGAGUUUAUUAUAGGUUUAGGUGUUAUAUUAUACAAAAAAAAAAAAAUAAAUAAGAAGAAGCCGCGAUUCUUGUUAUUGGUGU